GGCCCCCGGCAGCACAGGUACGAGGCAGCCUCGGUGAGCCGCGGCAGAGCCGGGCAGGGCGAUGCCGUCCUUUAGAUCUUUUCAAACCCCACGGCUGGAAUCGGGAUUCUCUUUCACGGGGUGCAAAGGGGCGUCUGUGAAUGCUUGGUAGAGCCAAGCCAGCAGUAAGGGAGAGACGAGAGACGGCGGCAGAUUUUUCCUCGCGUCUCAUCGAGCCUGGCUGUGCCGCCGGGCUGUACAGAGGUUCCUGCCCACCACAAUGUCCUCGCCGGUGACCGCGGAUUCGGUCUGGCCGCGGGUGGCAAAGCUGUUCCUGCUGCUGCUCCAGCUGUGCACGCCCCGAGCCUCCCCGCAGCCCCACCGCUGCCCCAACGCCUGCAUCUGCACCUCCGACCUGCUGAGCUGCAGCCAGCAGAUGCUGCAGCAGGUGCCCCAGGCACUGCCGCCCACCACCAGCACGCUGGACCUCAGCCACAAUGCCCUCACCCAGCUCCACGACCACUGGCUGGCCGUCCUCCCGCACCUCGAAGCCCUCCACAUCAGCCACAACCAGAUUCGGGACCUUUCUCCGAGGGCAUUUCACAAUGCCUCCUUCCUGCGGUACCUGGACAUGUCCUCCAACCACCUGCAAGCUGUGGAGAGGCACUACUUCGAGGCGCUGGUGAGCCUGGAGGAGCUGCUGCUCUAUGACAACCACAUCAAGCGGGUGGAUGAAAACGCCUUUGCCAAGCUGAGUGAUCUGCGGAAAGUCUACCUGAGCUGGAACAACCUGACCACCUUCCCCUUCCAUGCUGUGCAGGGGCUGGGAAUCCACAAGCUCCGCACGCUGGACCUCUCCUCCAACAGCCUGAGCAGCAUCCCCGUGGAGGUGCUGGCAGCUCUGCCCGAAAACAUCGUCAAUGGCUUGUACCUGCACAACAACCCCAUCAGGUGCAGCUGCCCGCUCUACCUGAUGCUUCAGCGCUGGAAUCAACGAGGUUUCAGCUCCGUGAAAGAUUUCUCUGAGGAACACACCUGCAAGGUAUCUGACAACGUGCCCCGGUCCCUGAUCAAGUUCCUCAAACACAGACACAUGUUUGAGAACUGCUCGGCGAGCACCGAAGAUGCGCACCUCUCGCACUUGGAGGUGGUGGUGGGUCAGCCCAUCCUGCUCACCUGUAACACCAGUAACACCAGCCUGCCGCACGCUGCCACCACCUACAUGUGGAUCACCCCUCACCACGAGCCCAUCAAACACCCAGGGAACAGCAAUCGCUCCCUGGAGCUCUAUCGCAACGGCAGCCUGAGGAUCGCCGCAGCCAAGCCCUGGCUCUCGGGGGUCUACGUAGGCUUGGCCAUGAACAGCCCCUACAACUUCAGCAGGAUGUGCGAGUUCAACAUGACCGUCCUCUACCCCAAGGCAGCUGGGGAGACCUUCAGCACUGGCCUCACGACCCUGCUGGGCUGCAUUGUGAGCCUGGUGCUGGUGAUCAUCUACUUGUACCUCACGCCGUGCCGCUGCCUGAGCUGCUGCAAGAAGCCGGCCCCGCUCAGCCCCCCGCAGGAGUGCAGCGCCCAGUCCUCCAUCCUCAGCACCACUCCCCCUGCCACCGAUGGGCCAAACCGCAAGGCCAGCGCCAACAAACACGUCGUCUUCCUCGAGCCCAUCAGGGAGACACAGAACGGCAAGAUCCGCCUGGCCCUCGGUGAGGACUUCCCCGACCCCAAGCACCCCAAGGUCCUGCAGCUCAAGUCGGACUCAGAGUCCAUCAGCUCUGUCUUUUCUGAUACCCCCAUUGUAUCUUAGUGGGACAGAGCUAGGAGGAGAGCUGAGGCCUCCUCCAUCGCUGCUAGACCAGGAUUACUGGGCAUCCCGAGUUCCUGGCUUGACCAUGACCCACAGGAGCGACUGACACCACCCACAACCGCUUCAGCCACGGGCUCCUGGUGGGUUUUGGGCUAUGGGCACAUUGGUGCCCAGCAAGAACGCCUUGCAUAAUCUGCUGACAACGGCUUGUUAGCACACGGGUAACGCUGAAGAACCCAGCAUGCUGGAGAAACACCCCUUCAUUUGGGCACCUAUCCUCCCUAAUGUGACACCAGGUCUGGGGGUCUGUCAUGUCCACAGACCCCCGCCCCAGGCCAAGGAAUAGUUGUGACAAGUGAGACACUGUUCUGGCUCAUGCCAGGGUCCUCAGGAAUGGUGAUGCCACUGUCCUCUCCCAGCACACACCGGUUGCCAUCAGCAUGUCAUGGCUGGGAGCAGGAGACUGGGACUCUGUCACAAACGGGGGGUACACACCCUCACACCCCCCCCCCCCAAACUGGCCAUGCAGGAGGGAUGGAGCUCAGCGUCUGACCAGCCACACAGCCAAGCAAACCUUACAAGCUUUUGCUUCCCGAGAAGCUGUAAAUCGUCAAGGCAGGAUUAGGUGAUGAGACACAGCGCCCCAGCCUGCAUUGCUCAGAGCUCGCCAUGCCACCAAGGACACUGAGGUCUCCGAUGCACCACGCGCUCCUUCGCUGCUUCUCCUUGAGGCGGACACGCGCUGCUCAAGCACAGCUAUUUAGGCAGUAACCUAAUCAGCCUAUCGAUAAAUGUGAGUAAUCCUCCCCUCUCCUGGGUCGUAAUUCUCUAGUUCCAUUGGAAUAAAAAUGCCUAUUUUUUAAGCUCA